CAAACUCCCCAAACUCCCCCAAACUCCCCCAAACUCCCCCAAGCCCUACCUCCCCCAAGCAAGCCGUUGUCGUCAGCUGCAUUGUUUUAAGCUGUUCUAGACUUCCGCCCUAAUUUCGGGGGUGGGGAACUGUUGAUUGGCAAAUACACCCCUAAGAUCCAAGCGUUGGGGGCUAGAUCGCUUGGCAACGAAAGCUCUCCCCCCCCCAAAAAAACCCACCCAGUUUAUUAUUGUGUUCGCAGCGGAUCAUGGAGGUUGUCAACAUCUCACCGCUACCCCCGAAUCUUUCCCCUUUUGAGUUCGAUGAAGGUAAUGGAAACCGCUAACCCCCGCAUCCCGUGUCAAACUUAGAAGAGCUGCGAGUCUGGGGUAACACACUAGUUCCGUGCAGAGCAAUAUAUGACCCUCUCGACAUCAUCUAACCUCCUCUGAGCCCAUCUUCCCAUCAAGACUCAUCCCGCAUUCCUGUAAGAACACAACAAUGGCGCCAAUCGACGUUCUUAACGGUAACGAGGACGUGUCAUCCAUCGGUGACAGCAAGACGAGCUCAAACCAGAUCGAAGAUAAAGAGUCUGGCACCAAGGGGGCUCAGGUCAGCGAGGAACGAGUGGUUCUCACUGAGCAAGAUAACAAACUCAUCCUUCGCAAAACAGACAAGUCAAUUUUAACAAUACUUGUCUGGGUGUACUUCCUCCAGAUCCUCGACAAAUCAGUGCUUGGAUAUGCUUCUCUCUUUGGCCUCCGAGAAGAUACUAAGCUGAAAGGCACAGAGUACUCUAUGGUCGGCUCUAUAGCCCCAAUCGCUCAAUUAUGUUGGCUCCCCUUCGCCUCUGCCGUGAUAGUCAAGGUGCCUCAUCGUAUCUUGAUGUCUAUACUCAUCUUUGGUUGGGGUCUUGCGCAGACCUGCAUGGCUGCAUCUCACAACUACGCUGGGCUUGUCACCUCCCGCUUCUUCCUCGGUCUAUUCGAAGCUGCUUGUCUGCCACUUUUUGGCGUUAUAACUAGUCAGUGGUACCGUCGCGCUGAACAACCAGUUCGUAUCGCAGCUUGGUAUGGAACUAACGGCAUGGCAACCAUUAUUGGAUCUGCACUUUCUUUUGGUCUGGGUCAUAUUCCUAGUAGCACUCUUAGGUCAUGGCAGAUUAUUUUCAUUUUCGUUGGACUUGUUACUGUUAUUACUGCCCCGUUCGUUUACUGGAAGCUCGACAACGACGUGGAAAGCGCACGCUUCCUUACUAAACACGAGCGCGCUCAAGCUAUUGAGCGACUUCGCGCAAACAAUACUGGUAUUGGCUCUCGCGAAUUCAAAUGGAGCCAAGUCGUCGAGGUCUUCCUUGAUCCAAAGACAUACCUCUGGUUUGUUUUAGCUCUUCUCGUUAAUGUUGGAGCAGCGGUGAGCAAUGUCUUUGGUCCACUUAUCCUAAACGGACUUGGAUUUGACAAGUACAUCACGUCGCUACUUAACAUUCCUUUUGGUGCAGUGCAGCUCUUGGUUAUUCUCCUAGCGAGUUACGCUGCACAUAAGGCGAAGCUAAAGGGUGCUAUCCUAGCUAUCCUCAUGCUCCCCGUCGUUGCUGGAUUAGCCAUGCUAUAUGCCCUUCCGCGAAACAGCGCCAACAUUGCCCCUAAUCUAGUUGCAUACUACCUUCUCGCGUUUCUCUUUGGUGGAAACCCCCUCCUUAUCACUUGGCUCGUGGGUAACACUGCUGGAACAACUAAGAAGACGGUCCUAAUGGUUAUUUACAACAUCGGUAUAUCUGUUGGCAACAUCAUUGGCCCGCUAUUGUUCAAAGCAUCAGAUGCUCCAAGCUAUCUUCCAGGACUGCGCGUUGUACUGGGCUUGUUCUGCGCAAUGGUUGCUGCUAUCUUAGCACAGUGGUUCUUACUCUUCACCAUGAACAAAGGCCAAGAGAGGAAGCGUGUUGCGAACGGGAAGCCAGCGAAAAUCACUGAUCGCUCCAUGAUGGACCAGUAUACCGCGCAGGAUGACAUUGAUAGCAGAAAUACCGACGCCGCAUUGCAUGAUCUAACUGAUCGCAAGAAUGACGAGUUUGUGUAUAUCUACUGAUGAAACUGUGGCUGUUAGAGUAUUAUGGUUUUGGUUAUUCGUGUACGGAAGCAGAAUUUAUUCUUUAUUUGUUUAUUAUUAAACGAUAAUAACUACUGGCUCAGACAGGAAACCGCAUUUUUCUCGAGGAAAGGCUUCGACAUUUGAUCGUGACCUGUGUGCCACAUAAAUGUGAUAGACGUUUCUCAGAUAUGUUAAUAAUAUGAUACAAUGUUAAACGACGACAUAAUGCAUAUGCAACAAAAGUAUAUAG